GGUAGGUGCCUUAAACUCCAUCUGCUGUCAGUAACACUGCUAGCCCUGCAGCUUCAGGACACAUCACUUUGCUUUGCAACAACAAAAAGAAAAAAAAAGGAGAACUUCAUGGUUGAUCACUUAAGACUGCUGCCAGACUCGACCAGGGAACUCAUUUUUUGCUCAGCCCCACUUGGACUGGCUGCUUUCUCCAGUUCUCUAGUGGAUACAAGACAUUUAACUUCCUUUUUUUCCAUUAAAAGGAAAUCGGGCCAUACUCCUGGGCUUAGUCCUCACCACUUUACUGGGUCAUUUUCUUUUUUUAAACCUUUCCCACUUUGAGCUUUGUUGCUGAUAUGAUCCAGAGUAGCAUGUCAGGAGACACUUUGUAGGAGUUCUCGGUUCUUCUGUGCUUUACUGCCUUGCUGUUUCUCGGGGAACUGUUCGGUACCCUCACAGGACUAGUUAGUAAGUGAGUUAAGUAUCAGUAGUAACAGUGGGGUCAGUCAGGUGUUUGGGAGGUCACGGAGGUAGUGGAGCUGGAUGUAUGAGAAGGAUUCAUGGGCCUGAAGGACCAUCUGGAGGAUGGGACAGGCCACAUCCUCAGUCCAGGGCUGGAUCUGGACUACCUACACGUGGAAGGUGCUGAACGGCAGGCUGGGAAUUUAGGAGCGGGUGUCACUGUUAAAAGCAGCAAUACUGCUGGUAGCAGAGGCAUUAGCUCUAUCAUUCAUUCAAGCAGCAGUAGCAGUUGCAGUAACUUUUCUGAAGAGAGUGCUAUCUCUGACAGUGAAGAUGAAAGGCUCCAGACCGGGUCUGGUUCUGACUCUAAAACACCGCAUCACGAUCAGCUUCACCUACACCAAAGGGAGGAGUCCUCAGUCUUUCAGCCAGUCAGGCUGGACCUGGCACCAAAUACGUCUCCUGGAGACCCCCCGGAAACAUCUUUGACUGACCCCAUCACACACUGCCGCACGAAGGUGGAGUUCGCUCUCAAACUAGGCUACCCCGAAGAGCUAGUGUUGCUGGUCCUGAGGAAACUAGGCCCUGACGCACUUAUCAAUGAUAUACUGGGAGAGCUGGUUAAACUGGGAACCAAAAUAGAGAUGGAUCAGCAAGGAGGUCAAGCUGUCUCACAGUCUCCCUCGUCCUCUUUGUCCUCCACCUCCAACUCCUCUCUGGAUUCUUCUCGGCUACUGUGUCCGUCCCACCUGCUACAAGACAAAGAAAACCUGCGACCUGUUGUUGUGGAUGGAAGCAAUGUAGCGAUGAGUCAUGGGAACAAGGAAGUUUUUUCCUGCCAAGGUAUCAAGCUAGCAGUUGAUUGGUUCUUGGAGCGAGGCCACCGUGACAUCACAGUGUUUGUCCCUGCUUGGAGAAAGGAGCAGUCGCGACCUGAUGCUCUUAUCACAGACCAAGAGAUCUUGCGGCGUCUGGAGAAAGAAAAGAUCUUGGUUUUCACUCCAUCGCGACGCGUUCAGGGACGUCGUGUGGUUUGCUACGAUGACAGAUUCAUCGUCAAACUGGCCUACGAGUCAGAUGGUAUAAUUGUUUCAAACGACAACUACCGUGACUUAGCGAAUGAGAAGCCAGAGUGGAGGAAAUUUAUAGAUGAACGCCUGCUGAUGUACUCGUUUGUAAAUGACAAAUUCAUGCCACCUGAUGACCCGCUGGGACGCCAUGGACCUAGUCUUGAGAAUUUCUUGAGAAAGAGGCCUGUUAUUCCUGAACAUAGAAAGCAGCCAUGUCCUUAUGGAAAAAAGUGCACAUAUGGCCACAAGUGCAAGUUUUAUCACCCUGAAAGGGGUAGUCAGCCCCAGCGAGCUGUGGCAGAUGAACUCCGUGCCAGUGCCAAAAUUUCAUCAGUAGCUUCAAGAGGCCUGCUGGAACAUGCCCUGAUGGCGAAGAGCCAAAAAAAUGGUCAAUCAGAAGGAAUGGCUGAGGCCCUGCUAAUUCGGGAUACCGGAAAGAAACAGCCAAAUCGGAGCCUUCAGAGCUCCUUCAGUGAGCUCUCGGAGGACAAAACUCAGGUCAGUUCCAAAGUGGAGGAACAGAGGAGAAACAGCAGUCUUAGUGGCAGCUGUAGCAAUAACAUUGUAGGACAUCCUGCUCCAGGGGGACCGCCUUCAUUGGGACAUCUGGAAAGAUGGGAACACCCUGCUGGAAGUACUGGAUGCAGCUCCGGUAUUGCCGGGGCUUCAGGACCAAACAAAGCUGAAUCUUAUUACAGAUGCAGUUCUCCAGUGGUGGGCUACAACUCUGUGGUAAAGGCUUAUUCGGGACUCAGUCUUGUAGUGCCACAGACUCCUGAAUGCUUCUUUCCAGGUGAGCUCGGCACAAGUUCACUGGCUUCAGAUUGUAGCAGUGAAAGCAGUGUCAGCUCAGAUUCUUUCUCUCCUGACCCCGUGUUAGAUGAUAGCCCCAAGUGCCAUCACCAUCAUCCCCACCACCACCAUCAUCAUCACUACUCUGGCCAGUACCCCCACCAGGCAAGCCGUGUUUCUCCUAGUCUGAGCCAGCAUUCUCCUCGUGGCUAUGUCCAUCCUCAAGGACUUUGGAGACAACGUGAUUUUGGCAUAGAAGAUACUCCAGCAUCUGUCGCCUCUCGCAUUUCGCCACAUCGCGUCAACACCGCUUCCGUCUACAUCCAACCCCAGAAACAGCUUCAGCUGCUUGCCAAUUUUCCAGGGGAACCACCUCAUCCACAACAUCCACCCCAAACUCCCACUGCUCACGCCCGGUCUCAGAGCUUCCCUCUAGGCCACAAUAUGGUGGGCUCCCUUUGGCCGGAACAUGGGCUUCAGGACAGAGUGUGUGAAGGCUCACCAGUUCAUUCUAGAAGAAACUACUCUGUGCGAACCCAACAACCUCAGCACCAGCAGAACUGGGACCCUAAUUAUGAGCCACCCCCUAAGCCUUACUAUGAUCUGUUUUCCUAUAAGAGUUUUCCACAAGUCCAUGGACACUCUCCUUGGGGCCAGCAAGUUCAUUCAUCACCACAUGGCCUUUUAAUACCAGGUCUUCCAUCGCUUUCACAGCAGUCUCUUCCAUCUGUCCCUACCCACAAGAGCCACAUGCCCUCAGCAACCCAGCACGCAAAGCCAACUGCCUUGGGUCGAUACCAGGACCUUAGGGAGAGGGUGUUUGUUAACUUGUGCGGCAUCUUCCCUCCAGAUUUGGUGAGGAUGGUAAUGACCAGGAACCCACAUGUGACGGAUGCUCAGGAGCUUGCAGCUGCCAUUUUAAUGGAGAAGUCACAGCACAGCUCUUGAAUAAACACAGUGAAGUUUUCAUCUUAAAAACUCGUAUUUACGGGUAUAUCCUCUGUAAGCUUAAUAAAAAAGUCAGGUUGGGCAUACCAAAAUCACAAGAUACGAGACUCCUUCAGCUGUUAACACGCUGCCUUUUUAAUGCUAUUAUUAUACAGGGAAAUACCAAAAUUGCCAUACUUUUUUUCUAGAAAUAUGUCUGCUACUUCUGAACGUAGCAUAGGAAAAGGUAGGGGUGCAUUUGCAUGUUUCAUCUUUUUUGGUUAUGAGUCUAAACAGCACUGUAUUUAGGGAAGCUUUUAAGGUGUUUCGAGGGUGGCAGUAUUGUUGAUUUUAAACUUAUUUAUUUGUUACAUUUAAGUUAUUUAUAUAAUUUUAAAAUUAUUUUAGUUUUGUGGCACUUUUUUUUUUUUUUUGCUUUCUUCAGAUCAUUUCUUUUGGCAAUCAUAUCAGGGUAUAAUUAUAGCCGUUUGCGCUGUUUCUCUGUUUCUGAUUUUUUUUUAGUCACUGAGAUGACAACAUCGGGUAUGUAGCUCUAACAUUUUCAGCAUUAACGUGGCACGCACGUAUUUGCCACAUUGCAAAUACAGCCCGACCAUAGUUGACGCUCAAGUAAGCCCAACAAACGGCUUUCUUUCUGUGCUGACAGGUGGCAGAUCAGUUGUUGCGAGAUUUUGUGGAUUUCCCCCAACAAGGAAGUGAAACUUAACCAGCACCCACAAAAGAAGAUAGCAAAAACUCCACUUGAAAACCCCAAGCUGUUGUUCACUUUUGAAUGAGAGUUAUUUCCUCUGUUAGGAUAGCCCUGUCAGCUGACUUCACGGUUCAUCACGCGCUGUUCCUUUCCAUCGCUAAACAAUAUCAUUGUGCUAAAUCAGGUUCAAAGUGUGGCAACUGGAAAUGUUUAUGGGGAACAGAGAUUGUUGGUAUUGUUUUAAUUUAAAUGAUGUGUUAAUUUAUUAUACUUAAUGUGUGUGAGUGUGAGACACGGGGUCUCCUUUAUCAGUGGUGGAGGGUUUAAUUGCCUCUAAUGCUUUGCAUACAGUUGUGUUAACUGCACAGAUCCACAGUUUGUUUAUUUAGUUUAUGGGACAUUGAAUAAAAAAACAAAACAGGCACCGGGUGAAAAUCUUAACCUUAAAAUCACUGCAUCACCACUAAACUACAUGGUGGACCGUGGUAGUUUUUUACUUUUCAGGGUUUUUUCUCAGGAGAUGUUCAUGUUUGGUUUCAAAGUCUGUGGUUCUGUUAAAAAAGACAAUAAAAAUAGUUUUUAAUAACUUCAACUGAUCCUGACCAUCACAGACCUCCUUAAAUGCCAGCAGGGCUCGCAUAGUUGAUUGUUCAGCUAUUUUAGCAUAAUUUGUCAGUCUAAAAUAAGUUAUCCUUACUUUUUUAACCAUAUUUUUUAUUUAUAUAUUUAUACUCAUAAUAAUUUUGCAGUGCCCAAGGUGACUUCAGUGAAUUGCCUGUUUUCUCCCAAAAAUCGGGGGGCGGGGGGGAUUUAAAAUAUAUUUUUAGUGUUUUAAAAUGAUUUUUAAGUUGUGUCUUCUUAAUGCAGCUUGCUUGGAGCUGUGUGUUUUUGAAUGAAAUUAUGAUAAUUUAUUUUUACUAUCUCUGCCAGUGAGGUUAUUUUUAUUACCUGAGGAACUGUUUGGAAAGCUAACUCUCUCGCCUGGUUAGCUUAAUUUCAAGUAGCCCGAUGACACCUCUCUUAGUUGAUACAAAUUGUAUCCUAUAUGGUUAAAAUAAACAUUGUUUUAUAUGAAAAUGUGAGAACAAGUUUUCAGUUGAAUAUUUUUAUGUGGCAAAAUAUGUCGCCCGUGGUAGUUCGGCUUUUAUGUAAGGGGGAUUCUUGUUCCCUGUUUCCGGGUGCAGUAAAGUCUCAAGUGCACUUUUUGGAUAGUUGUGUGUAUUGUCGGUGAACGGAAAACAAGGUGGAGUCUAGCUCAGAAAUGGUGAAACCUCUAACACUGGUUAGCUAGAGGCUAAGUUGGCACACGCUCAUAAAACAGUAAAAGUGAUCAGGGUUAAAAGUGUUAUAACAGAAAGAGCUUGUUAAAGUUGUUUUGUGAUGUGAUUGGCUGUUAUUAAAGUUUCCUAGCAUCACACUC